AUGAUACCACCCAAUUUUGCCAACGCCAUAACCGUCGUUCUUCAAUCCGCAGCGAUUGCUUCUCAACCACCAGCACCAGCGCCUGCCACAUUACUCGCUACAGCCCCACGUGUCGCAGGAUCCCUCAAAGCCAGCUUUCCCAACCCAAAUCUCGCUUUGUUUCCCCAACCAUUUUGGUGGUGGCAAUCUGGCUGUGCCGUCGAUGCGCUGCUUACAUAUACCGAUGUGACCGGAGACCGCCAAUAUGAACCACUACUCGAACAAACCAUUCUCAGCCAAGCGACACCAACCAAUGACUUCCUCACCAUCGAUGCCACCGGUAACGACGACCAGACAUGGUGGGCCCUUGCUGCUGCCACGGCAGCUGAGCUCAAAUUCCCCGAGGCCCCAGGAAGUGUACCAUGGAUCGACCUUGCGCGCAACGUCUUUGCGCAGCAGAGAGAACGAUGGGGUAACGAGAAGAAGGGGGCAGCAGGAUGCAAAGGCGGUCUAGGCUGGAAGAUUGCAAAGGGCGACGGCAACGACGGCUUCUUUUACAAAAACAGCAUUUCCAACGGCUUGAUGUUCCAACUUGCUGCACGCCUGGGAAAACUAUCGGCAGCUACCAACGAAACUGCCGCCAAGGAAGCUCAAGAGUGGGCAGAGAAGGUGUACGAUUGGAGCCUGCAUGUGGGGCUUGUGAGCGAUCAGUUCGACGUAUUUGACGGCACCGACGAGAAGAAUGGAUGUGCGGAUCUGAACCACAACAAGUGGAGUUACAACGUCGGCGUGUACAUGUACGGCAGCGCAGUCAUGGCGGUACAGACUGGCGACGCAAAAUGGGUCCAGAGGACAAGAGGCUUUAUCCAAUCCGCAAACCGCACGUUUGUUAAUCACGAGACUGGGUCCCUGUGGGAGGAAAAGUGUGAGGGUAAAGAGGGAGAGGAGGCCUGUAAUACCGAUCAGGUCUCGUUCAAGGGUCUGUUAGCGAGGUGGUUGGGUGCGACGGCGGAGAUACUGCCAGAAGUCAGUCUGGAAGCAAAAGCUAUUGUUAGUCGGGCUGCAACGGCGAUGCUCGACGGAAAGACGGAGGGUCUGGGUCCGAUUGACUCGUUCAACGCUGUCGAGAUUCUCGUUGCUAGCCUCAAGACGCAGGGAGUAAAGGGAGAGGGUGGCAUGAUUGGACCGCGAAGCACAAGGAGAACAAGAAGGGGAAUCGCAUAA